AUGCAUGUUGCAUUUUCUGUUUUCCACAGAGAGAUCGAGAUUUUUAUUGAUAGAACAAAAAUGAAACCCUUUCAUUAACCCAACAGUGUCACUGCAGUCUCUCUUGCUGGACGAAUAAUGGUUCUGAGGAGGACGAAGAUGGAGCAGGGCUUCACCUUCUUCUACAGCUAUAUAUGAUAGGUACCCAUACGGUACUGGAUCCUCUGUAGUCGCUACCAAAUACAAAGAUGGGAUUCUAAUGGCCACUGACAUGGGAGAUCUUCUAGAUACUUUUUCUGAGGUAGACAGAAGCCUUAACUUCAUUGCACACAAGUCGUUUGGGGUGGAAGCAGAAAAACGAGCAAUGCCUUUAAUUAUAGACCCAAGUCUUUACAGGACAAAGAAGUCUGAUGUGUUUUGGGUUGGUCCUAAGAGAAUUUGCCAACAACAUUUAAACUAUUUACUGGAUUCUUCUGAUAUGCAAACACACAGAUGGGAUUGCUUUUGGAUUUUUCUUCUUCGUCGCCAAGAAACUUCAGUUAGAAGGGUACUUCUUUUCAUGCUCUAUGGUUUCACCUACUCUGGGCCCUUUGGACAUUUUCUCCACAAAUUGAUGGAUAAAAUAUUUAAGGGGAGAAAGGCAAUGACACUGUUGCUAAGAAGGGAAAUUGAUAUUGGUGUUCCUGAUGAAGUUGGAAGACUUGAAGUCCUUCGCGUACAUACGAAAAACAUGAAGCUUUCAGAUGAUGUUGAUCUAGAGAGAAUUGCAAAAGAUACUCAUGGAUAUGUUGGUGCUGACCUUGCUGCCCUUUGCACUGAAGUUGCUCUUCAAUGCAUCAGGGAGAAAAUGGAUGUCAUCGAUUUGGAAGAUGAGAGUAUUGAUGCUGAAGUACUAAAUUCUAUGGCAAUUUCAAAUGAGCAUUUCCAUACUGCUCUGGGAACAAGCAAUCCAUCUGCUUUACGAGAAACUGUUGUUGAGGUGCCUAAUGUCAGCUGGGAGGAUAUUGGAGGCCUUGAGAAUGUCAAGCGUGAGCUGCAAGAGGAUGUGGAAAAACUUUGUUGGCCAAAGCAAUUGCUAAUGAAUGUCAAGCUAACUUCAUCAGUGUGAAGGGCCCAGAAUUGCUCACUAUGUGGUUUGGUGAAAGUGAAGCCAAUGUUCGAGAAAUUUUUGACAAGGCCAAACAAUCAGCUCCAUGUGUCCUCUUCUUUGAUGAGCUUGAUUCCAUUGCUACUCAGGUCUAUUUUUGUACUUCGCAUCCAUGCAGGCCAGGUUGAAUUAAAUUAUGUGGCUUGGUUAAAAGAAAUUGUAUGAUUUUGUUGCCAAAUCUGUAGAUGAUUUAAGGAGAUAAUGUAACACGAUGAUUUUCCUAUGUCUAAGUUGGUUUUUCCUA